CACAAAUCUGCUCUGAGAAAGGUUUGUACCCAAUAAGUAAGCCCGAAAAGGCAUGUUUGCAUGGUGAUGCCCAGCAGAUAAGCCUGGCGAACGUUGGUGUGAUUGAAGAAGCCAGUUUGAGACUCAGUCUAGCCCAGGCAAGCUACUGGCACCUGCUGCUCUCCACGAACCUGGACACAAUGGUGUUCGCAUUUUGGAAGGUCUUUCUGAUCUUAAACUGCCUUAUAGGUCAGGUUAGAGUGGUACAAGUGAUCAUCCCAGAGGGUUUUGUGAAUGUGACCGUUGGAUCUGAUGCCACCCUUGUCUGCCUCUACAAAACCACUGUGACCUCGCAGGACAAGCUCACCAUCCAGUGGUCUUUCUUCCAUAAGAAGGAAUUGGAGCCAAUUUCUAUUUACUAUUCUGAAGGCGGACAAGCUGCAGCCAUCGGGCGAUUUAAAGACCGAAUUAUAGGGACCAACAACCCAAGUAAUGCCUCUAUCACCAUCCUGAACAUGCAGCCAGCAGACAGUGGAAUUUACAUCUGCGAUGUUAACAACCCCCCAGACUUCGCCGGCAGAAAUCAAGGCAUUGUCAACGUCAGUGUGCUAGUCAAACCUUCUAAGCCCUUUUGUAGCAUCCAAGGAAGACCAGAAGCUGGCCAUGCUAUCUCUCUUUCAUGUCUCUCUGCACUUGGAACACCAUCCCCUGUGUACUACUGGUAUAAACUUGAGGGAACAAACAUCGUGCCAGUGAAAGAGAGCUUCAACCCAGCCACUGGGAUUUUGGAUAUCGGCAAUCUGACAAAUUUUGAACAAGGUUAUUACCAGUGCACUGCCAUCAACAUGCUUGGCAACAGUUCCUGUGAAAUUGAUCUAACCUCUUCACAUCCGGAAGUUGGGAUCAUCAUCGGUGCCUUAAUAGGCACCCUCGUAGGUGCUGCCAUCAUCGCCUCUGUGGUAUGCUUCGCCAGAAACAAAUCAAAGGCCAAGGACAGGAAGAGGAAUACUAAAGCCACCACAGAACUUGAACCAAUGACCCAAAAAACCCAACGUGCAGGGACUGAAGCCAUGCCGACUGAAGACGUUGUUCAGCUAGAAGCAGCUCUGCCACCUUCCACUCAUGAGACCGACCCUGCCACCAUCAUGGAACCAGACCAUGAGCUGGCCUCGGGGCCAGAAGGUGUCCAAAGACAGGGGCCUGUUCUGCAGCCUGAGCUUGAGAUCGAGCUAGAGCCAGAACCAGUGCUGGAGCCAGAGCCUGGGAUUGCAGCCGAAUCCCAGCGUGAUGAGAAAAAGCGAGUGGUCAAGCCAUAGGCUUGGGCCCCAAGUACAUCAUUCAUGAUCACUGCGGAACCCAUUACUGGUGUUUGGAAUUCAGUUCCCCUAACCAAUCCCCAUGUCCUCUCUCAGUUCUGACCAAGCCUCUUCUAACAAGGUGCUCAUCCUUACCAUGAUUCCAAAACAAAUGGGUCAAGAUAGCAACUAAAUAAAUGCAAGGGUUCCUGUAUGACUAGUAUAGAGUACUUACAACUGUAACUAACAUGCAUGCAUUACACAUGACAAGGCAAGUGAUUUCUAACUCAGUUGAAAGAAUUUUGCAUCAGCAUCUGUGUUAUAUUUCAUAAAAUCUUUUUUCUCUAUUUUUAGCUCGACUUGGUUACGUUCCACAUAUGUACAUGACAAGGUGGCAUUAAUGAAAUUCAAUAUCACUUCUAGGUGAGUUGUCAGGCUUCCCUAUUCAUUUUUGCACUUAGCACUAAGAGAACUCAACAGCAUUAUCUCAUUGAUUGGAAAAAAAGUUCUCCAAAAACAACAGAGGAGAGUUAGUAAAGGGUACCUGGUAAUUGUUACACAGCAUUUAAAACAAGGUCUUAUAAUUGACACCUCAUGUGUCAUGUUAGGUUUUCCAAGGAAUCACCCUCAUUCAUCUUCAAUAUCUAAGCAUAACAAGUUUCAAAAGAUCACCCAACUUUUAAAGGCCGGAUAAGGUAGAGGUAAAUGAUUUUAAAUCGCUUUCCCACAGUGAAUACAAAGUGUUGAUAUCAUAGGUGAUGUAGAAUUUGGCUUUGAAUAAGCUAUUAUGUUAUCAGUUGUGUCUGAUCUUAGCUACUCUGAAGGAGCAGACUAAGAAAGUGUUUUAAAUGAACAUUUAAGAUCUAUUUUGGAUUAUCUCGACUAUUUAAAUGAUCUGUGUCACUGUUGGUACCCUUCACAUUAAUGAAGACAUACCAUUUUUGUAGGAACACUAAAUAUUAACUAAAAUGCAUUGAUAUCACCUCUUUACCUGUUUAAAAGUCUUUUCAUGAUCAUAUUUCAUCCUCAUCCCACCUUGAAGAAAUUUACAGGUAGACUUACUUUUUUCAUUUGUGUAAUCAAUCUUUUAAGGCUCAAUAAAUAAUACUCAAUA